AUGGAACAAGAACCGCAGGGACUAGGCGAAGAAGAAAAAUCAAGGGCCAAUGAGCUAGGUGCGAAGAGCAUAUUUUAUGACCCUGACUGGAAUAGAACUGGUGAAGCACCUCCAGGAUUCAAGAAUAUACCUUACAAUCCGGCCACAUUCACUCGUAAGAAUGAGACCAUUGAGCGACAUUUGGCUGGACUUGGUAAUAUACCAAGGCCAACCACAUAG